AUGAAGCAGAGCUGGGGACCAGGGCUGCUGAUCCUGGGAGCUGUGGUCCUCAUAGAAGGUCUUCAAGCAGCCCAGCGUGUCUGUGGGCAGCGUGGUCCUGGGCCCCCUGAGCCUCAGGAAGGCAACACAGUGCCUGGCGAAUGGCCCUGGCAGGCCAGUGUGAGAAAGCAGGGAAUCCACAUCUGUAGCGGCUCCUUGGUGGCAGAAACCUGGGUCCUCACUGCUGCCCACUGCUUUGAAAAGGAGGCAGCGACAGAACUGAACUCCUGGUCUGUGGUCCUGGGCUCUCUGCAGCGCGAGGGGCUGAGCCCAGGGGCUGAGGAGAUAGGGGUGGCUGCCUUACAGUUACCCCAGGCUUAUAACCACUACAGCCAAGGCUCGGACCUGGCUCUGCUCCUGCUCGCCCAUCCUGUAGCCCGCAUACCCCUCUGCUUGCCCCAGCCUGCCCACCACUUCCCCUUUGGAGCAUCUUGCUGGGCUACUGGGUGGGAUCAAGACACCAGCAAUGCUCCCAGGAAACUACGGAAUCUGCGUCUGCGGCUCAUCAGCCGCCCCACAUGUAACUGUCUCUACAACCGGCUACACCAGCGGCUGCUGGCUAGCCCUGCUCGGCCAGGGAUGCUAUGUGGGGGUGCCCAACCUGGGGUGCUGGGACCCUGUCAGGGAGAUUCCGGGGGCCCUGUCCUGUGCCAGGAGCCCAAUGGACGCUGGGUUCAGGUUGGGAUCAUAAGCUUUGCAUCAAGAUGUGCCCAGGAGGACACUCCUGUGCUGCUGACGGACAUAGCUGCUCACAGCUCCUGGCUGCAGGCCCGAGCCCAGGGGGCAGCUUUCCUGACCCAGGCCCCGGAGACCCGGAUGACCAGCGAUGAGGACAGCUGUGUAGCCUGUGGAUCCUUAAAGACAGAAGGUCCCCAGGCAGGAGCUCCCUCCGUGUGGCCUUGGGAUGCCAGGCUGAAGCACCAGGGGCAGCUGGCCUGUGGCGGAGCCUUGGUGUCAGAGGAGGCGGUGCUGACAGCUGCCCACUGCUUCAUUGGGCGCCAGACCCUAGAGGAAUGGAGUGUAGGGCUGGGGACUGGAUCAGAGGAGUGGAGUCUGAAGCAACUCAUCCUGCAUGGGGCCUAUACUCACCCAGAAGGGGGCUAUGAUGUAGCCCUACUGCUGCUGGCUCAGCCCGUGACACUGGGUCCCACCCUGCGGCCCCUUUGCUUGCCCUACGCUGACCAUCACCUGCCUGACGGGGAACGUGGCUGGGUCCUGGGGCUGGCUCGCCAAGGAGCAGGCAUCGGUUACCCUCAGACAGUUCCUGUGACCGUCUUGGGGCCAAGGGCCUGUGGUCGGCUGCAUGCGGCCCCUGGGAGCGAUGGCAUCCCCAUCCUGCCAGGGAUGGUGUGUACCAGUGUUGUGGGGGAGCGGCCCCACUGUGAGGGCCUGUCUGGGGCACCGCUAGUACACGAGGUGAGGGGCACCUGGUUCCUGGCUGGGCUACACAGUUUUGGAGACUCCUGCCAAGGGCCUGCAAGGCCUGCGGUCUUUGCUGCCCUGCCUGCCUACGAGGACUGGGUCAGCAGUUUGGACUGGCAUGUCUACUUCGCUGAGCCGCCAGAGCCUGUGGUUGAGGCCGGAAGCUGCAUGGCUAACUCAAGCCAGCCAGCCAGAUGUUGACAGGUGACUGGAGAAAAAUGUUACUGCUGCACCCUCCCCCUUCCCUGGGCA